GACAGUGUGAUUUUUAACAAGAUCCUCCUGUAAGGACAGCUGCCGCCACCCAGGAAGACGCUGCAAGGACACAGCAGGACAAACGCUGUCCCGCCGCCCAAAAAUGGGGGGGGGGAUUGGUCCUAAUGUUCUGGAAUGAAUCCGUAGCACAGUCCAGCUUGAGUCACGCUGACACGGACGCGGGUUAAGCAACAUCCCAACCUGUUUGCGACACAUGGGGGGAUGCAUGUUUAGGGAGUCACGCCGCAGCCGGAAAUGAUUCCGAGCGGAGCAACGGAUUAGUCAUUGCGAAGCAGGAGAAGGAGCAGGAGAAGGAGCAGGAGAAGGAUAAUGAUAGGAGUUUGCUUGAAGGCAUCGCGAGGCAGAAAAAGGGCCGCCGCUUCUUUCUGCUGAGGUGCCCCGCUCGGAGAUCUAGGGACCACUUCCCUGACCAGUCCGGAGGUCCCACGCCAGGGUCCGCACCGUCUGAAGCCCACCGAGGACUUGUUGGUGAGUUCACAUCCCGGCUGAGAAGCCGGAAAGAGAUGCUCAUUGGCUGCCCCGAGUCACCUGAUCCCAGCUGCGUGUGUGUUAUUGUCUCCCGUCCAUUAGCGUACUAGCAUGCAGGGGGUGUGUGUGUCUAUCUUGUGCGUGUGCGUGCUCCUCCAUCGUGCUACUUCACAGCCGCCCCAAGAAAGUGACACCUACACGGAAUGCACAGAUGGCUACCACUGGGACCCCCACACGGAGCACUGCAAAGAUAUAAACGAGUGCGAGACCAUCCCGGAUGCCUGCAAGGGGGAGAUGAAGUGCUUCAACCAUUAUGGAGGCUACCUGUGUCUCCCCCGCUCCGCCUCGGUCAUCCCGGCCCCCGAGCCCCCCAUCGCGCCCACCGAGGCCUUCAACCCCUGUCCUCUGGGCUACGAGCCGCAGGGAGACAGCUGCGUGGACGUGGACGAGUGCGAGCGCGACGAGCACGACUGCCAGCCCAGCCAGCAGUGCAUCAACACCCUGGGGGCCUUCAGCUGCCAGUGCCCCGACGGCUACCGCAAGGUCGGCACCGAGUGCAUCGACAUCGACGAGUGCAGGUACAGAUACUGUCAGCAUCGCUGCGUCAACGUUCCCGGUUCCUUCUCAUGCCAGUGUGAGCCCGGAUUCCAGCUAGCGGGAAACAACCGCUCGUGCGUGGACGUGAACGAGUGUGACAUGGGGGCUCCCUGCUCUCAGAGAUGCUACAACACAUACGGCACCUUCCUGUGUCGCUGCGACCACGGAUACGAGCUGGGCCCGGACGGCUUUGCUUGCAACGAUGUGGACGAGUGCAGCUACUCCAGCUACCUGUGCCAGCAUCAGUGCGUCAACGAGCCGGGAAAGUUCUCCUGCGUCUGCCCCGAGGGCUACCGGCUGCAAGGCACGCGACUCUGCCAGGACGUCAAUGAGUGCGAAACGGGCGAGCAUCAGUGCACUGACACGCAGACCUGCGUCAAUCUCCAUGGCCGCUACCAGUGUGUGGACGCCAACCGCUGCCAGGACCCGUACGUGCAGGUGUCGGAUAAUCGCUGCGUGUGUCCCGCCACCAAGCCCGCCUGUCGAGACGUACCUUUCUCCAUCGUGCACCGCUACAUGAGCAUCACCUCGGAGCGCUCCGUGCCCUCCGACAUCUUCCAGAUCCAGGCCACCAGCGUGUCCCCGGGGGCUUACAACACCUUCAGGAUCCGCUCGGGCGACGACAACGGCGACUUCUACAUCAGGCAAAUCAACAACAUCAGCGCCAUGCUGGUCCUGGCCCGUGCCGUCUCAGGACCCAGAGAGUACACGCUGGACCUGGAGAUGGUGUCCGUCAACCCCCUGCUCAGCUACCAGGGCAGCUACCAGAGCAGCUCCGCCCUCAGACUCUCCAUCUACAUUGGGCCGUACACCUUUUAAAGGACGCGGCGGGAGGAAGGAAGAGGAAGAUGAAAAAACUGUGACGCCAGGCCAGCUUAUUAAGUGAAAUAUUACCACGUCUUCUUCGGUUUUAGUCGGCAUCAGCCAGCGAAGAGCUGCUGGCUGCCGCUCUUCCACUGCUCCACCGCUCCGCUCCUGGCUUCGGGGCCCGUAACACACGUUGCCUUCUGGUGCACUACCACCACCCCCAACCCCCCCCCCCGUCCCGUCUCACCUCAGGGUGCACACGACCUUCACCGUUUCACCUCAUAGGUUUGUCACGUUGUCUUUGUACUUUUUCAAACUACUAUUAAACAAUAUACCAUUUUACCCGUGUC